UCACACAGAAAGUCUUAGGCGAUAUAAAAAUAGUUCAGUUUUAAAAAAUGAAAUAAAACAGGAGGUGGGGCAUAUGAUUAUAUAUAAUGUAAUGGGAGUACAGGGUGGAUUGUGCAGCUUGAGUAGUAAGAGGAGGGGGGAAGAAGACUUGGACGACUCCCAGCAACAUCUUGACGUCUUCUGCUCGGCGGCCAUCUUGGAUGCGCCUCAAGCUGGCCCCAUCACCCACACUGAUGUGAGAGACCAGCAGCGCCCGCCCUGAGCACGGUUCUUCUCUGCACCGCGACUUCCGGUAACUGCGCCUGCCGUCCUCGCUCCUUCCUGUGGGACCCGCCU